CAGCCAGUAGCCAGACGAACAUUCCGUGUUGUGCAUUUUAUAUGAUCGGAUCGAUUCUUGCAUUUUUCUCAUUAUUUUCAUCAGCGAUGGCCGCCAACAAGGAACGUACCUUCAUCAUGGUAAAACCGGACGCUGUCCAGCGUGGACUCGUCGGCAAGAUCAUCAAGCGCUUCGAACAGAAGGGCUUCAAGUUGGUCGCCAUGAAAUUCAUGUGGGCUGACAAGGACCUGCUUGAGAAGCACUAUGCUGAUCUGUCCGCCCGCCCCUUCUUCCCCGGUCUAGUCAGCUACAUGAGCUCCGGACCAGUUGUCCCGAUGGUCUGGGAGGGCUUGGGUGCCGUCAAGACCGGUCGCCAGAUCUUGGGUGCCACCAACCCGGCCGAUUCCGCCCCCGGAACCAUCCGUGGAGAUCUGUGCGUCCAGGUCGGACGUAACAUCCUGCACGGUUCGGAUGCCGUCGAAUCUGCCAACAAGGAAAUUGCCCUCUGGUUUACCGAAAAGGAACUGGUUUCGUGGACGCCAGCCAACGAAGGUUGGGUGUACGAAUAAGCUGCCAGCCCGUUUAUUCCAUAACUCAUUACUGACUUUAAGCAUUUUUAAGAGAUAAGUGUGCCAGUGCUUUUCAGAUGAUAAGAAAAGUGGUCCUGAAUCAGGUUGAAACAAUAAAUGAUAAAAUGCAAGACCGAUUAAAUUAAAAA